AUGUCUUCUUCAGAGAAAAGAAAUCUCCGGAGUACCGCGGUCGUGGACACGUCGGCACCCACGGACCUGCCGCCUUCAUACGAACACACAGUCCUCCCCAAUUCCAACCCAUGGACCGACAGCCCGUCAUCGCAGAGCCGACUGCCUCAACGGACAUCAUCAACACCGCUAUCGGUCCCCUCACAGAACCCGCUCUCGGCCCUGUCCCGGCUGUCGACGGUGUCGCUCGCCAGGUACCGGAUCCGCGACUCCAAACUCUCCGAGGACCAGACCGUGACCACGACGACCAACCCGGAAUUGACGUCGAGCUGCGCGCACUCGCCGUCGACCUCGCAGCAGCAGCAGAGGUCGCUCCUCAAGUUCAUCCGCGACCAGGCAUGUCUGCCGCCCAAGCCGAUCAUGGUCAUCCGCGGGACGCACGUGCACGGCAACACGGUCGUGGAUUUUGACCUCAAGCUGAACCUGACCAGCAUGUUGGACUUGGACUGGGGAGGCGGAGGGACCGAGACUGGCUGGAGCGGCCCUGGCCCCGUCAAGGUCAAGCGCUACCAGCAUGGCUCGUCGAACGGGUCGCCGAAGCAGAUGACCAGGGAGGAGAUGAACAUGUCUCCCCUGCAGCUGUGGGUGAAGAAGUUUUGUGAAGACAAGGCGGAGAAUCGCAGCUUCACGCUGCACCGCUCGACACCAAACCUGCCCACCGCCCUGCUCGAAGGCUACGCCCGGAACCUUCUGGCCACGGUCAAGUACCGGGGCAAACUGCACGUCGAGUUCCCUGUGCAGUACUCGGACGUGGUGAUCCAGCGCAAAUCGAGCAACUGGUUCACCAACAUGCUCCGGCUGUAUCCGACCAAGAAGUACGAGGUCGUCGAGGUCGAUUGGCCCGUCAUCGGCACCGCCGCGGACAGGGACAGCCAAGGAGACGCCGACGAAAUUGCCGCCUCGGCAUCGACAGCUACACCGUCGUCACCAACGUCCUCCCGCCCCGCAUACCAGCGUAGAGCCACGGAUGAUGGGACUGGAACCGCACAUGCCGAACCAGCCUCUUCAGCAUCCUCGACCUCGUCCUCCUCCAACCCAACCAGCAGCGACCCGACGGGGCUCCCGUCGCUGAUCGCGCAGGAAUGGUGGCGCGAGUGGCAGUUGGCGAUCCGCAACGCCGUGCUGUCCGGGCGCAAGGGCUGGGUCACGGUCGAAGACUGGAUGGAGGCCAAGAUGGGCAUGAGGGAGAAGGAGAGGGCCAAGGAGUGGGGGGUCGACCACGAAUGA